UCAGUUAGGGCAGACUAGAGGCAAGAUGUUGAAGUGUGUGAUUGCCGCUUGUCUUGUGGGGGUUGUUGUGUCCCAUUCCUGGUUGACAUGCACUGAUUACCUGGAGGAAAACGGAGAGUACUGGGAUAAUAAGCUAUGUAGAGCAUGGCCUCGUCACGCAAACAGAUUCGCUCAUCGUGAUGGUCUAUUUGGCCUGGACACUGGAUACAAUAUAAAUAAUCCUCCCAUGUCAGCCCCGUGUAGGACAGCGAGAGAUGACUCCAGCUAUGAUAGUGCCCAUCCAAUGGCAGUGUAUUAUCCCGGGCAGAGAAUUGUCGUCACUCACCCAACAAAAAAUCACGUUGCUGACGUCAGAUGCACCAACAAAUACAUUCCGGAUCACGGUAACUUUGUUUAUGCGGGGCCCAAAGACAGCAAAACCGAUGUCCCCUUCAACGUUUUCCAACAAAACAUGGUUGUCGACCUCGGUACUGCACCUUAUGGUUAUGAUGUCUCCGAUCAGGUUACCAUGACCUACCCUAAGCCUGGUUUCCAAAAUGCUCCAAAAUUCUGCGAGAAUCCCGAUAAAGCCCUCGCAACCUUUGCAUUCAACUUGCCCGCAAAUUUCGAGACUGGACGCUAUACAUUCGUCUGGGCAUGGUAUUUUAACGGACCCACUGAUCUCUAUACCGGUUGUUGGGAAGCCGAUAUCGUCGCAUCGAAGACAGAACGUGACGCCAUUUUGAAACAACGUGCUCAAACGACUGCAUCGCCAGUAAAUGUCGCUGGGCAAGUUGUUCGACCUUCUCCCGGCCCCUCUCAACCACCAACUGAAGCAACACGACAGACUCAGCGUCCCAGCGUUGGACCAACGGGUGGCGCCUCUGUAAACGGAGGCUGGAGUAGUUGGUCAACAUGGAGCACCUGUUCAGUAUCAUGUGGAAAUGGAAUCCAGACCAGAAUCCGUCACUGCGACAGUCCCUUCCCACAAAAUGGCGGCGCAUAUUGUCGGGGCAACAACAAUGAGAGACGCGCAUGUGCAGCUGCUCCAUGCCAGAGCGGAAGCUGGGAAGAUCUAAAGGUUUCGUUUACGUCACAAUGGAACACUGGCGCAAAUGGUGAGAUUAAACUUCCUCCCAACAGGAACGCCGGAUCACUGUUCAUCACGCUUCAGUUCCCCUGCGUGCCUUCUUCAUUCAACGUGUGGCACGCCGAUGACGUAACACCCGUUGCUGAUAGAGGAACUGGUAAAUUUACUCUUAGACAGAGCGGGUGGCAAAUACAAAAGGCAGACAUCGGAUUCACUGUACAAUAUGCCGCUGAUAGCAACUGCAACCGUCGAGAAGCUGGCCAUAUCGCAGUUAAUGUCGUCAAUGGCAACUGAAACUACGACGCCAUUUUAUCGUAUUUUAUGACGUAUACAUCAGUUGUGUUACAUGUACUUUGGAUUUGUUUAUCAUAAUACACUCUACUAUACCUAACCCC